CGGGCGUGAAAAUCCAGCCCCACCUCCCGGACCGAAUUGAUCCGCAAGCCUGGGCCGGUAAAGAUGAAAGGAGCCCCACAAAAUGUUCCUGUCUUUACUUGUUUGGCUAUCUGUCUGUCUGACACUCUUUGAAGCUGUGGUGUGGAGCCACGCACCCCAAAGUUCGCUCAAGGACAAUGCAGAAGCAAGCCCCUUGAACCGCGACGGCAGAACGCUGGGUGACAUCAUCUUCGAUGUCUACGCCAAAAAUGCGUCCAUGCCAUCGCUGCUGGAACGGAUGCUGGCGGACGACGUCGGCAAGCAGACCAACCACGAGGUAAGAGUCUUCCAGCCCGCGGCCGCUCAGCCCGCGCAGAGCCAAAGCAAUGGCAGCAUGAGAAAAGGGGUCCCUCAGCAGCCAGGCCAGUCCUCCAAGGGACCUCCCGAUGCAGUGCAUGUGGCGCACCCCCAGAAGGGUAUCGGCUACGCAGAGCGGCAGCUGCAGCUGUUCCACCAGCUGUUCGAUAGGUACUUAAAUUUCAAAGCGCACAGGACAGGCGAAGGGACGGAGGAUGCAAGAAAGGAGCUCGAAUCAACUUGUGAGAAAAUACUCCGGAGGAAAGAGAAGAGGGCGGAAUCGGGGAUGGGAGAUCACAGCAGUCAGGUGGGAGUAACGACCACUGAAGCAGAUUACUCCCAUGGGCUCUCUAUGGGUGACCAUUACCAGAUGACGAAUACAACCAGGUCAUCCCAAAAUACUUCCAACCAGCAAACAAACUUUUCCUCCGCAUUUGAAACCCUGGUUAAAACAAUGUUUUUCCCUUUCGCUGGGCCCUCUCAUGAAGCUCCCAGCCAGGAGGAAGCUGAGGGCAGAGAUAAGGGAACAAUUAGACAGGAAGUCUUCGAGACUGACCUGACCCAGAGGAGCCCUGAACUGUCACCCACGGCAGAGGCUGGCACGGAGCCUCAGACAGAGGAGAUAACCGUAUCUCAGCCGAAUGUCUUCACCUCAACUACCAUGGCGUCCGAGGUGAGCAAACCCACAUCGACACCAGAUUAUCUGAAGGACAGUUCGUCGACAUCAGUCACAGAGAUACAGACGGAAGAUUCCGUUUCAACUACCGAAACUCACAGUGGCAACGCCACCACCUCGACCACACCGACUGCGGACUUCCAGACAGUCAGCCCCUUCACGCCAACCACGGAGAAAAGUGAUUUUUCCACUCCCUCCAAAGGGUAUGAUCUUUCCCCCUCAUCCACAGAGUUACAUAAUCAUGUCUUUCCUAUCUCGUCCAAAGCACCUCAGAGGCACAGCUCUCCCGUCACCUCCAGAGGACCUCAACAACAUGGCUCUCCUACCCAUUCGGUAGGACCUCAACAACAUGGCUCUCCUACCGCUUCUGAAGGACCUCAACAGCAUGGCUUCCCUACCAUUUCAAAUGGAGCACAACAACGUGGCUCCCUCACCCCUUCAGAAAGACCUCCACAGCAUGGCUCCAGUACAGUUCCAGUUGGACCGCAACAGCUUCGCUCCCCCACCCCUUCAAAAGGAUCUUAUCAGCGUGGCUUUGCCAUCCAUUCAAAAGGACCUCAACAGCAUAGCUCCCCUAAGCCUUCAAAAGGACCUCAAGAGCAUCGCUCUUCCGCCUCGACAAGAGGACUUGCAAAACAUGGCCUUCCCAUCCCAACAAGAGGACCUCAACAGCAUGGCUCACCUACCCCGUCAAAAAGACCUCGAAAACAUGGCUCCCCAGACCCUUCAGGAGGAUCCUGGAAGCACGUGUCACACUCCGCCGCCGAGGUCCAGUCCGACAGCGGGACAGCCGAGCCGCCCAAACAACGCCCGGGGAAUGGGUUAACCAUGGCAAAGCGGAAAGGAAUCCUGAGCAGGAGCUUGCUCAUGCAGGAAGACGAACCGCAGAAUGUGGACGAUGAACUUGCGAUGAUCGAAUUCGUAUCUACCACCUCGCCACCCGAAGGGAAGCGACAUGAAGUGGUGAGAAUUGAGGAGACCGCUGACUCUUCAAACGAGUCGGACAUGGCUUCACUCGAGAAGCUUAUGAAGAAUCUGAACGAACAGUUCUCCAGGCGAAGCCCCACCAAGAACGACGUGAGGAACCUGGAAGCUGCCAUCGAGCGCUUGAAUGUAGCGCUCUCGAAGUUCGCGGACGCCGAGGCUCCCCAGGAGCCCGGCCGCGGACCCGCUCCGACUCCCUACCGGAGUAGGGCUGGGCAGAAGGCGGCAGCGGAGCCGCAGCGCCCGCAGCUCAGAUCGGAGCCUACCGGUAAGGCGGACGAAGCGCUGGAAGAAGUUAUCUUGUUUCCCGAAGCCGUCGUCACCGGCGGACGGGCAGAGAGAGAGGAUGGAGCGCAGACGUACCUGAGCUCCGACCGCCGCGCACGGCCCCCGGCUCCGAAGGAAGGGGCGCAGGAGGCGAAACGAACGGCGGCGUGGCCCCCGCUGAAACAACAGAGGGAGGAAGAGGGAAUGAUUCCGGGGGGGAGUCACUCUGCAGGCCACACCAGCGUACUUGGAAAUGCGGUGAGCCACGUUGAUGCCGUCCAGCCGAGAGACGGGAGUGCGACAAGAUACAGGAGGUCCCCGCUUUCUCGCGGCAGCCCGCCACCAGACGACGCUCGCAGCAGACGAACCCCAAAACCAUCCGUGAAAGUCAGCUCUCCAGGGGUAAAGCACAGUCCGCUUCCGAUCUCCUCCACGGAGAGGCACUGGGGGCCACUCCACGACCUCCCGUUGAACGCCCGCGGGCAACAAGGGCCUGCCUCUUCUUUCAUUCGUCCGCCCGUACGCGCGGUGUCUUCCAAGGGACCUUCCGAGGUUUCCCGCAGUUCUCCCAAAAGGGCUUCUGUGAGUCUUUCGCACGCCCGGUCGGAUCAGGGGGCUUCCGCGCAUUCCACAGCGCGGACAUCAUCCCUUUCCACGACCCCGAAACCUCACAUCCUUAAAGGCCCGUCGCUCUCUUUCCUUGGGAACGGCAGACCCACGGCCAGUGUGUCCGUUCCCGCUCAGGGAAUACCAGUUAACAGAACGCCUUUCCGUCCUGUUAAACCCCCACCAUUCAAAAAUGCGCCAGCAACCAGAAACCCUCAGCAUACACUUCGGUCCAGUGCCCAUGUAAUUGGACACGACUCAAUGUAUUCCCAGAAAAAUGGCCCAGAAUCGCCCAUUCGCAAGAGGUCUCUACUGACUCGCCCUCCCAGUCCCCGCAAGCAUAACGCACGUUUGGAUGCUCCCUUUCCUCCGGCCCACCGCUCCCGCCAAAACCAACCUGCCGAUUCUUUCCUGAGUGGGAGAGAUGGGUCGCCUCCCAACAUCCCAGAUCGAGAUCUGUCAGGGAACGGGAAACCUCGAAGAGGUUCCCAAGGGGCGUCCAGGAGCACUCCCUUGAAAAGACAACUGGCCAGUUCCCGCGCUACGAAACCCAGCGGUGGUGUUUAUCCGCCGGGAACAGGAAAUAGAAAGCCAUUCCUGAACUCCGGAAUUCUGCUCAAGGAAGAGCCUCGGGCUGUUUCAGCAGGAGGAGCAGACUCCCUUGAUCAGCGCGUUCGCGCUACACAGCCCCCUAGAAAUGGGAGGCGUGUCAUUCCCCCUCCUGAGGACGUUCAGUCCUCAAAUCCUUCUCACAGUCUCAGAUCGCCUCCCCCCGAGAACGUACAGUUCUCAAAUCCUUCCCUCCGUUUGAAUCCACCUUCUCCCGAGAACGUAAGGCUUUCAAACCCUUCCCAUAGUCUCAACCCACCUUUCCCGGAGAAGGUACCGACUUCACACCCUUUCCACAGACUCAGUUCUCCGUCUCUUGGAAAUGUAAGAUCUUCAAGCCAUUCCCGAAGUUUCAGACCAUCUUCCCCAGGGAACAGAAGGACUUCAAACCCUUCCCGCAGUUUUAAUCCACCUUCCCGGGAGAAUUUACAAUAUUCAAACCCUUCCCAAAGGUUCAAUCCACCUUUCCCUGAUAUCCAAUCUUCUCGUCCUUCCUCCAGACUGUUUUCUGCUGGGAGCAGAAAAUCUUUAAACCCUUCCCAAGGCCUCAGAUCAUCUUCCUCUGGGAAUAGAAGACCAUUACAUCGUCCUUUUAAUCUCAACCCAUCUUCCUCUGGGAUUUUAAGAUCUUCAGAAUCUUCCCGGAGACUCAAUCCAUAUUCCACUGGGAAUAUGGAACAUUCCAAUAGAAGGUAUAAAAACAAUUCCCAAAAUCUCAACCCUUCUCUUACUGAAAACGAGAGACCCUCUUUAGUGAAAAGUCCACCUAACUCUAAAGAAAUGUCUCCUAAGCUUCCCCACCGCCUCAAUCCCCGGCCCCCUGGGAAAGGGCGGUUUUCAGAACUCUUCUAUAAGUUCACUCCACCCGCUUCUGCAAAGAAGCGUUCCCACAACCCCAAUCCAUCCAGCGCCAUGGAUGCACUGUCGGUAGCCAGACCAAACAACCGCCCUCAGGCGUCUUCUGUGGGAAGGCAAGUCCCGCGACUGCAUUUCAGCUUCCCUCAAAAGGCCCCCCAAAACAGACCGUCAAAUUCCCAAAAUUCCAUGAAAAGAUUUUCCAGCCCUUCGCUGGGCCCCAGACUGGUUGCCCCCAGUACUCGUACUUCCAUCCUCUUAAUAGAUGAGCCGUCUCAAAUCUCUAACACACGGCGGAUCCAUCAUGUGCAUUACCUGAAAACCCCCAUGGACAGAUCUUCGGCCCUGCGCCACCCCACUCCCAGUGCCCGCUGGGAUAGAGCGCCUUUUGAGGAGUCUGCCAUCACGGCCCCAACGGAGAGAAUACCUCCUAAUCCCGUGACAACUCCCCCCACCAGGAGGUUUUUAAACCCAAUUCCGAUGGAAAACGUGGCCCCGAGUUCUUUAAAUGCCCCCUCUCUAGACAUUCCCAUCAGGAGGCUGGUCCCACGCCUUCACCAAAGCCGGGUCCAUAGGAGACCCAUCGGCUUAUCUUCAACCCCUUCCGGCGGUCCCAAUCCAGUGGCUCCUUUGGGUGUGUCGCCUCCCCCAGAACAGAUUCUCCUUCAGGUUACACGCCCACCAAUUGUCACGGACGAAGUUGUUCUACUCGUCCCGGACAAGACGCAAGAGCCACGUGCUCACCACCGGGAGGUAGUCACGGCGGUGGCCCCACUCCACCCGCAAGUCGCUGUCGAGGUGACGCGGGUGGGUGGGCGAGCGCCUCGCCCUCAUCGCCUUCACGCCCUGUACCCCCCCGCCAGUCAGCCUUUGCCCCUCAGCGCCGCAACUCUGACCGAAAGCUGGCGACCUCUCUCCACGUCCACCGCCAGCAGCCCCAAGCCCGGCGCGACUGCCAAGACAAGCAAGGGGCCGUUCAAACACAAGCAGCACCGCCCCACCUCCAGCGAAGCCACCACGGAAUUCGGGAAGAGGAAAAUUAACCACAAUAAGACAGCCCGACCUCCGAAGAAAAAAACUUCCAAAACUUAUCGCGUUAAAAGUACUCCCGACCCCGUCCGCAAGAAAUCAUCUAGAGCUUCCCCCAAUCCUGCUGCGGUCGUCCCGGGAGAUAACACACCCUUGUACCCUCCCCCCAAUAAAUCCCCAAGUGACCCGUCAUACAAGAAAUCGUGGAGGCCCCUGCUUGCCUCUAGUCCAAACAUCGCUCCGAAUGAGGGAUCUUCCCGCGAUCCAGUCAACGGGAGAUCCGAAGCGCACUCCCAAGCUUCGGCUGCAGACUUGUCAGCGAACUGGGCGCCCUUCUUAGCAAUUCCAAAUGUUGGACAAAUCGCACAGAAUCACCAUGGCCACCGUGCCAUCGCUCCCUCUGUGGGACUACCAAACGGCCCAGCAAUGGACCUUGAUCACAAGGAGCCCUCGGGCCACCUCGGCUCCCGCCAAGCCCCCACUCCCCACGGGCACGCUGCGUACUCGCCCCGUGCUGGAAGUUCCCGCUUGUCGGGACCCCCAAGUGACGCCAUUCCAAACCGGCUUCCGAUCAGUAGGGCGUACGAGAGUCUCCGCAGAUCUGUCCGGAGUAUAAAGGCAGCCAUGGGGUCCUUGGCCUUUCCUUCUCGCAGGCGCACCGAGAUGGCCCCCGCGUCGCAGGGGGGCCCGCCAACCCUUGCAAGCCGUAGGGUUACCUCACCGUCAUCCGGCCCUAUUCCGGGACACGGCUCACUCGCCGAGGCUCCGCACAGUCCCGCAAAUCCAGCGGCGCAAGGCAAUCUCGCUGCGUCCCGACUCAAAAACGUACUGGGCCCAAAAGUGGCGAAAACGAUCUGACAGCAGCGGAUCACGAAUUGGAGGUGUUGACAUCGAGACCAAGACAGUAGCACCCGACCGGUAAUAUUGGGGCAACCAAGAUGACUGCUACGCGCUGGUGGAGUGAGGAGGAAUUGUUCCGCCCUCGGGUCAGUUCUCCAGCCGUCCCCACUCCCCAUUCUCCGAAGACCCAUUGUAGCUCUUUAAAAAAGUGUGGGACUUCGACACUUUCUUCUUGAAAAUGUAGAUUUAUUUAUGUGCAAUUACAUAUUACAAAA